GAACGCGGCUGCCUGUCGUCUCCUCCGGUCCAGUCAGACGGAGCUGAGGAGGCGCGCUCUUCCCUUCUGAGGAGACGCGGCCCGAGGCGCCCCGCGGCCAUCAUGAGCGCCACGGGCCUGCAGCUGCCCACCACCCAGCGAUCCAUGCCGCUGUGCAAAGAACAAAGAAGACAAAAAUUUGAGGAAUAUCUUGCAAGAAAGAAAGCCUUUUCUUCCUUAAAUUUACAGGAAAAGCAGAUAACCAGCAAUACUACUAACUAUAAUAAAAAAGUAGCUGGAGACUCAAUCAAAAAAAUUCCAAAGGCACUAAAGCUUACCAGCACUAAAAUGGAUAAUAAAGAAAAUGUUAAUCGGCCUAUAUGGAGAAAAAAUAUCCUGACGGUAGAAAGAAAUGGCAUUCCUUUAAAAUCUACCAAUGUAUUAACAAAUUCAACCAUAGAAGUUGAUGUCUGUUAUCCUGAGAACUGUGAUCAAGCUAUACAAGUGUUACCAAAUGAAGAUGACCCUAAAAUUCGCUCUGUGUCACUUAGUCAAACCUUUCGCCUUCAAAGAAAUAAUAAGGAGAAACAACUAGCUGCAGAGAAAUUGAAGCAAGAUGCUACUUUGCCAAAGAAGCCCGUCCUUGGUUCCUAUCGUGGUAGAGUUGUCCAGUCUAAAGUUGACUCAUUUCGAAAGCCAUCAGUGGUUUCAGAAGAAGGUUCUAUGACAAAUAAGACAACUUCAACUACUAUUCCUAAAACUCAGUCUGUAAGCAGAAUCGACAUAGCUGUGAAAGGCGGUAGAACAACAUCUAUUACUAGUUCCACUAAAUCUAAUAGUAUUCCUUCUUCCCAGAACAAAACAGCCUUUCAGUCUUCUCGGAAAAAGGUUGAUGCUAUCCAGAACAAAGAGAAAGAAGCCACUGUUAGAACAGCUGUCAAUGUUACUAUCCGAAGAGAGCCUCUUAAAAAGAGAUUACCUGCCUCAAAUCCAGUUCCACCAAAUGGCAAGACUGAUUUGAUUUCUAGUGUAAAAGAAAAUGAAGCUUCAUCAAAAUGUACAACAUCUGUAGCUGUAGCCAUUCGUAAUUCUGAAUCCAAACCUGCCUCAACUUUCAGUAGUAAAUUCAGAGAGGAUUCCAAAAUCGUUGAUAAGAGAAGAUACACAUUAACAAGACCACCUAUCAAUACAGGACAAAGAACUACACUAACCAAAGAAUCGGCAGAAGAAAGAAGAGCUCGUCUGCUUGAGUGGCAAAAUGACAAAAGAAGAGUAAUUAAAAGACCCCCUAUAUCUGGUGUACCUGCUCCAUCUAAGAUGGAAUUACCAAAAGAAAAACCAGUUGAGUCUUUCUGGACCACCAUUGCAGAAGAAGAUGAGCAAAGAUUAUUCACUGAUAAAGUUAACAAAAUAUUUUCUGAAUACUUGAACUUAAUUAAUAAGGGAUGUCCAAGGGAAGAAGUACUUUUAACACUGGAGGAGCUUAUUGUAAAAAUUCCAGAUGCCAAGAAACUUGUUAAAUAUUGGGUGUGUCUCGCACGCCUUGAACCAAUUACAAGUCCUCUUGAAAAUAUCAUUGCAAUAUAUGAAAAAGCCAUUCUUGCAGGAGCUCAGCCUAUGGAAGAAAUGAGACACACAUUUGCAGACAUCUUAACAAUGAAGAGUCAAGUGACAGCUAAUUCUGGGGAGAAUGUUGAUGAGGUUUGUUCAACUAAUGAAGAAGUCAGAAAACUAUGUGAAGAAGUUAUAAAUCAGGAUAAAACUGAUAUAGUUGGGACAUCAGCAGUGGAAAAUUCAGAAUCAAAUGAUAAAGAUCAUAAAACAAAGAAUGUAAAAAUUCAAGUGUUUGAAAGAGAGCAAGAGGGUAAAGCAGAAGAUUCAAACAGUGAUUUAGAGACUCCUGACAAGGAAACCAGGGGUUCUUAUGUCAUUAAAUAUAAUGUAUCAACUACCCCAUAUUUGCAAAGUGUGAAAAAGAAGAUGAAUGUUGAUGAAAAUAGUUCUUCAUUUAAGGACUUGAAGUUUCUGACACCAGUGAGACGUUCUCGACGUCUUCAGGAGAAGUUUUGUAAAUUACCAGAUAUGUUAAAAGACCAUUAUCCCUGUGUUUCAUCUUUGGAACAGUUAGCAGAACUGGGAAGUGAAUCAAGCGCUUACAUAUGCCGUCCAAACACUGCACUCUUUGCAAGUUCACUUGACGAAGAAACAAAAGAAACAGAAAAAAAAUGAAGCUUUAACAAGAGAAUUUAAAAAUUUAUCUGCCUAUUGUGUUUCAGAUUUCACAUUUCCCACAGAUAUGUAGAAUAUUACCUAAGUUAUUACUACAAUGAAAAUAUAAUUGAUAAGGUACUUUAUAUAGCAGAAUUUGACUUUUAUAGAUUAGUAAAAGAUUUAUCCUUACUUUCAAAAAGUAACAUAUUAGUUCUUUUUUUUAAGAUUAGUAGAGAAUCUUUGAAACAAGACUAUUAGGCAUUUUAUAUUUCUUCAUUACAUUGUUUUGAGCACGAAGAAUCUCAGUAUAACUAAUUCAAGAAUAACAAAGCUAUUACAUAUACCUACAUUUUUAUGACUAUUUAAAUAAAUGUAUACAAUUUAAACAAAAGAACAGUGUUAGAAAAGGUUUGUGUUGGAGGAAGUAUGCUAACAUAUUUUUUUUUUCUAUUAGAAGAAAUGUGUUCUUAGUAAAAUUUAAAUAAUUUAACUGGGAUUUUUGGAGUAGAAUCUACAUUCAUUUAACACUAGUCUUCCAAAUAUUUCUCAGUAUUUAAUAACUAAAACUGAAAUUUUGUUGAGCUUUUUAAAGAUAAAAAUUAUAUUAAAAAUUUUAUCAUAAA